AAUGCAAUGAACCACUUUUGGAUAAAGCUCAUUUGAGAGCUACGUCGGAGUUACCUGGAAGAGGUCCAUAUAACGCAAGGCUAAAUGGUGGAUGCUAAAGAAUAGCCUGGUUUUUUAGAGACAAGAACUUUUUAAAAAAGCAGUGUUUUAAGAACAGGAAGAAAUAAGAGCUUAACAAACAUUUUACUAAGAAAGUAAUAGAUUAAGUUAUUGGAUAAAGUUUAUUAUAUAAAAAUGUUUCAAAGUAUACGAUGGGCAUUUAAAUGGAUGGAAUGGAAUCCAAGUGAAAAGGAGUUUGCAUAUGCAAUUUCUUGCAUACAGUUAGAAGAGAAAGAAAGAUUAGGAAGAUUUGUAUUUCGUAAGGAUGUUAGGGCUUCUCUUGCAGGUAGAUUAUUGAUGAGAAAAUUUGUUAACGAGUGUGGAAAUAUUCCUUACAAUGAAAUAGUGUUCGCAAGGGAUGAGCACAAUAGGCCCAUUUUAAGUGGAGCUUCUACAAAUUUAAAUUUUAAUGUGUCUCAUCAAGGUGAUUACACAAUAUUAGUGGGGGAAACGAGAAAUGUGAAAUUAGGUGCAGAUGUAAUGAAACUGGAAUAUACUGGUAGUAGAAAAUUAUCCGAGUUCUUUCGGAUAAUGAAUACAAAUUUCACAUCCUCGGAAUGGAGUGAAAUAAAAUCAUCUAUGAACGAUUCGGAACAAAUUGAAAUGUUUUGUAGACAUUGGGCCUUAAAAGAAAGUUAUGUAAAAGCCAUAGGAAUAGGUAUUAGCAUAGAUCUCCGAACGCUUGACUUCAAAACAAAUUCAAGGCUUAAAUGUAACUGUAUUACAACUGAUACAACUUUGAACAUAAAUGGUAUAAAACAGGAAUGGUUAUUUGAAGAAACAUUGUUAGAUUCCAAACAUUGUGUUGCUGUAACAUUACAAGAAAAUAAAAAAGCACCUCGUUCGCGAAAUACUCUCUUCGAAACUAUAAGUAGUGACAAACUUCUUGGAAAUACUAUUCCAUUGUUUUCUGAAGAUGUAAAAUACAUGAAAAAAUAUUUUGAAAAGGAAGAACGUCCACAACGUAUUUGAGAUCUAAUAAACAAGUUGUUUUGUGCAUUGUUAUACAUUUUCACGGGACAACAGUAUUUUUUUACUUAUAACAGAGAUAAGAUGUACAGAUAUAGAAAAAAAAGAUGUACAGAUAUAACUAUAUAAAUUUAAGUCAGUAGGUGUAAUAAAUUUAUAAGAAACA